AUGAUAAAUAAAUUCGAAACAUUACCAAAUGCAAUAUUACUAAAUAUAUUUUGCUAUUUAUCAUGCGAUAAAAUCUUAAUAUCAUUUUGGUCAUUAAAUAAACGUAUUAAUUUUCUUAUUUAUUCAAUAUUUUCAAUAGAUAAAUAUAAAAUUAGUUUUAAUCAAUUAGAUUUAUCAUAUAAGAAAUUUUCAUUAAUCUUAUUACCAUUAAUUUGUAAUUCUUCAUCUUUUUCUUCUCUUAUUAAAUGUAUUCAUUUUGAUGGUACAAAUUCAAAUUCUUUGUUUUCCUAA